AGUCACGUGACUGGCAUAAAAAUGUCAACGUUAGUUUUCGUCUGCUGUUUAUUGUGGUUUAAUUAAUGUUUGGAGGUCUUUGAGUGAUUUGAAAAAGAGAUAUGACAACUAUCCUGAGUGUAUUGAUAAGAGGGGGAGUAGUAGCAAGUCGAUCGCGCAUUUUCCGAGAAGUUGAUGUGAGAGGAGCAUCUGUUGCCGCCCGAAAAACGAAAAUGCCGAAACUUACUGAAGAAGAAAGAAAAACUGAACUGGCUCCGUUACUUUCAAGUGGCUGGAAAGUUCAAACAACAAAGGAUGCUAUUUACAAAGAAUUUGUCUUCAAAAACUUUAACCAGGCGUUUGGAUUCAUGACUAGAAUCGCAUUGCAAGCGGAGAAAAUGGACCACCAUCCCGAAUGGUUCAACGUCUACAAUAAAGUCAACAUAACUCUGAACUCUCACGACGUUAAUGGUUUGUCUAAAAGGGACGUAAAACUCGCGACAUUUAUAGAAAAAGUCGCCAAAUCUGUGGAUGAAUAAAAAAAUAAGCUACUUCAGAAAUAAUAAAAGAACCAGGACCAAAUUUUUUAAACUUAAGUCUGUACUUAAAAUUUCAAUUUUCUUAAAAUGUAAUUUUUACUUUAUUAACCAAUUGUCCUUUUUCAUAAUGUUAUCUAAAUAAUACAUGCACAGUAUCAAUGAAUUCAGAAUAAUUAUUUAUAUGAAUACUCAGUAUAUUAUGGAUUUUUAUCUAUAUUUUUAAGUGGAAAUAAAAAA